UCACGCAACAGACGGGAGACAUCCCCAGAGAGCUGAAGCAACUGGAUUGAGCCCACCACCAAAAUGAAGCUGAUCGUCAAAGCUGCGUUCCUGCUCUGCAGUGCCCGGUGUUUCCUGCUUACUUCGGCCUUCAGCAUUGAUACAAAAACACAGGUGAUUUUUGGAGGUGAGACAGCUGCCCAGUUCGGCUAUCGCGUAGUCCAGAUUAGAUCAAAUGGUGUGCCCUGGCUAAUAGUGAGUGCUCCCCUCUUACGCAACCAGACGGAGACACUUUUCCGCUGCUCCUAUGAUACAGAGCAAUGCCAACCAUUGCAAGUACCUAUCCUGCAAGGCGAAAACAUCACCUCUGAAAUAUCCCUGGGCCUCUCGCUUGCUGUUGAUGAAGCAUCCGACUCUAAACUAAUAGCCUGUGGUCCAACUUGGAAGCGUCGAUGUGGGAGAAAUGAUUACCUGAAUGGUGUUUGCUAUAUCAUGAACAACUUUAACCAAAAUUUGAAAGAGAUUCGUCCAGCUUUCCAAGAAUGCAUCUCUGGUGUGGAUGCUGUGAUCUUAUUUGAUGAUUCUGGGAGCAUUCGCGACUCUGAUUUCAGCAUCAUGCUCGAUUUCAUCCUGAAGCUUAUGGCUUCUGUGGCGGAGCCAGAUGUCCGGUUUGCUGUUGUUCAAUUCUCUUCUGAGCCCAACAUCGUGGUUAAUUUUGCCAACUAUGCUCUCCUUGGAGGCAAAGUAGAGGAAGCCAUCCGCCGAGUCAAACACAGGCGAGGAAAUACGCACACCCCCACUGCCAUUCACUUUGUGGCGAAUGAAGUCUUCACAUCUGCUCAUGGUAUGAGACAACAAUCCAAGAAACUGCUAAUUGUCCUCACAGAUGGGGUCUCCAAUGAUAAGCAAUUCACAUUUGAAGCUGCCAAAGAGGCCACGGAUAAAAAAGGAAUCAUCCGCUAUGCCAUUGGGGUUGGUACAGAUUUCCUUACCAAAAAGGAAGCUCGAGAUGAACUGCGCGAUAUUGCCUCAUUACCUGAGAAUGUUUUCUCUGUGAGAAGCUUUGGGGGACUUCAUGCACUUCAGAACGAGCUGAAGGAGAAGAUCUUUGCCAUUGAAGGGACCUCUGGAGUUUCUAAUGGCAGUUCGUUUCAGAAAGAAUUCUCGCAGGGUGGAUUUAGCAUGCUCCUCACCCCGGAGCAUGUGGUAUCUGGCGCUGUUGGUGCUUAUGACUGGGCUGGGGGUCUGGAGGAAGAGUCUUUGGGAGACCACCCCCAAAUCCGUUUCAUAAACAUGUCGAUGUCCAAGACUGAGCUCAAGGACUCAUAUCUGGGCUACUCAGUGGUACUGGCUCAUCGUGGCCGAUUUAAGUUCUAUGUGGCUGGGGCUCCACGGUUCCAACAUGUUGGGAGGGUUGUUAUCAUUGAAAGCCUGAAGAAGCGGAUAACAAGCUUCAUCGGGGGCAGACAGGUGGGUUCCUACUUUGGUGCUGAACUUUGCUCUGUGGAUCUAGAUGCAGAUGGGAACACGGACCUCAUUCUGAUCGGGGCUCCCCUUUAUUACAACAGGAUACAAGGAGGCCUCGUUGAUGUCUACUCCAUUAGUGACAUGGGUCGCCUCAAACACCUUCAGACACUCCAUGGAAUCUCCGGCAACAGGCUGGGCCGUUUCGGGUCUGCCCUCUCCUCCUUGGGGGACGUGAGUGGUGAUGGCCUCACUGAUGUGGCUAUUGGGGCCCCCAUGGAAGAUGAAGACCGAGGGGCUGUUUACAUCUUCCUUGGAGAAAGAGACAAGCUGAGGGAAGAGUACAGUCAGCGUAUCACUGCCGCCUCUCUCUCCCCUGGGCUGAAUUUUUUUGGCCAGUCAGUCCAGGGAAGGUUGGACUUGAGUGGGGAUGGAUUGACUGACUUGGCUGUUGGAGCUCUGGGAAAUGCCGUGCUUCUUCGAUCUCGGCCCGUUUUCACUGUCAUCUCUUCACUGAAUUUCUCACCCCACUCGAUCCCCCUGGAUGAUCCCAACUGCGCAAGUGGGAAAGUGUCCGGAGUUGGGCCACGUGGGAGCUUCAGUCUUUGUUUCAGUCUAAAACUCAUCAGCACAAAAUGGAGUUCUGGUGCUCUCCAAGCCACAAUUUCCUUUGAUCUCUUGGUUGACACUCUCCAGUCUAUGCCACGCCUGACCCUAGAGAAAGAGGCACGCAACAUCUCGGGAACUAUCCAUGUGGGAACUGUGCCGAUCUGUCUUAACAAGACGCUUCAGUCUCAGCUCUGCUUGGAUGAUACCAUCUCUCCACUCGUGCUGCAAGCAAACUUCCGGGUCACAGAAGAACCAGAUACUUCUGCCAGGAACCUACGGCCUGUCCUUGAACCCAAGACCAAUUUGUCCACCACCAUUGAGGUCCCCUUCCAGCAGAACUGUGGCUCGGAUGACAUUUGUACGUCUGAUCUUCGAAUCUCUUUCAACUUUUCUGGGGCAAAUGGUCUUAAAUUGACUCCAAGUUUCAUACUGAACUUAACCGUGAAACUAGAAAACGCGGGUGAGACGGCUUAUAAGGCAGGCCUUUCCUUCUACUAUCCUCCUAUUUUGUCUUUCCAGGGAGCUUCAGUUCUUAAGUCUAACUGGCGGCUUUCCCCUGUUUGUGAAAUGCAUGGAUCCGAAAGAAACACAUCUGUCCGUCACAGCUCCUGCCGUUUCAGCCCAAGGGAUCUCAAGGAAGGCACACAGGCCUUCCUCUGGCUUUCCUUUCGCUUCUCCAGAAAUGACUCCUGGAAUGAAAAGUUUGUUUCCUUCACCCUCCGAGCCCUGAGUCAGAACGAGAACAACACUCUGGAUGACAAUGAGGCCACUGAAUGGCUGCCUGUACUGCACCCUGUCAACGUCAUCGUGAAGGGGCUUGAGUCCACAACAUACCUCAAUUUCUCUACUGAGCGGCCAGAGACAAAGAUUCUCACACAUGUGUAUGAGGUCAGGAAUUUAGAUGUACGCUCCACCCCGGUCAAUGUGACUUUUGAUUUUCCCAUACGGACUACAGUGGGAUUUUUCUGGAAUGUAACCCUAAGCCAAAGUAAAAUGAGGAACCAGUUUGUAUGCACACAUCCAGCCAUCCUCCAUAUGGCAAACAUUGAGGACUCCAAAGAACCACCCAUGAGCCGGUGCCUGGGGGCCUCUGUCUGCACCAGGGUUCGGUGCUUGAUUGCAAAUCUAUCCCGAGAGUCCAUCAAGUUCAAUUUUUCUGGGGAAUUUUACAGACCUCAAAGUGAUUCCAAGCUGCAGUCGCAGAAUCUCCAUCUUCGCAGUGAGGCAUCUGUGGUGAUAGAUGAGUCUAGAUUUUUCCAGAAUCAGCCCGAGGAAUUUCAUUAUAGCCAGAUCAACACAGAAGUUGAGAUAAUUUCGCCAUUCAACCCUGUUCCUGUGAUCGUCGGCAGCACCAUUGGGGGCCUGGUACUCUUAGCCAUUCUAGUGGUCGUCUUGUAUAAGUUUGGAUUCUUUAAGCGCAACCGUGUGUCCGAAAUGGAUGAAGCUGCAGCAGGGCAAGCUGACCCUGUGGAACCAACAGAUCCAUCACCUCCCCAGACAGCGACUGACUCCUGAGCGGGGAAGGGGCUGAUGGGAUUGGGAAUGGCCAGAGAGCCAAAGAUGGCCAGAGAGCCAUUGUCUUGGGACAAUGACGGGACAAGUGGAUAAGAGCACGGCACACUGGGAGGAAGAACUUGUGAAAGAGAACCAGGAUGGGGAGGGAUUGUUAGAAGAGGGGAGGGGGUUAGGAGCCAACAGAAUAAUUUAAUAAAGAGA